AUGUUUCAAGUAAAUCACAUAUUGGUAAGAAAUGAGCUACCUCGCAGACUAUAUAAGGGCAAUGCCACUAGUGAUGUAUCCCCUAGCCAGGUCCUGCCGGCUUGUGACCCAAAGUUGGGGGGCAUUAAAGUGAUGGAACAGGGUGUGAUUCGCUGCACUCAAUUCAGGAAAUGCCAUGAUUUUGGAGCUGGCCAGGUGCAUACUGUGCAGUGCUGGCAUGGCUAUCUGCUUAACACAGUGCAGCCUGCUCUACUCCGUCCUAGCGGUAGAGCUAGCCUCGGCCCAGCCAGGACCGCAGCACAGCUUGGCCUCCGACCUGACUUCGCAGAGCGGGAUUCAUUUGACACCAGCCACAAUGUGUGUGGGCUUAUGGCUCAAGUGGGGGUAUUAAGGCUAGCUUCGUACAGCGUCAUCCUCCUUCGUUUACACGACGUUGGUAGGACCAUUCGGCCUAGCAGUGGGGUUAAGGGUUACAAGCUUCAGGAUGGGUGGCCUGGAUUUGAUUCUAUAUGCUUGCCCAUUCCAGAAGGUGGUUUUCCGUUUCUGGAGAUCAUUGAGUGCCACAAACUCGUUCCUAAUCGCAUGCAAUGGCAUUUACAAUCACUAUCUUCUCUUUCAAAUUUUAAAAUUGGUCCACUACGAGAUGCGGAAUCCUUCCCAGAGAAGAUGAUGUUGCCCUCAAGUCUUACAUCACUUACAAUAUGGGGUCUUCUAAAUCUGACAUCUCUGGACUCCAAGGAGCUUCAAAACCUCACACAUCUGAGAAAAUUGGAGAUUGUAGCUUGCUCUAAGCUUGAAACCAUGCCAGAUGAGGGGCUGCCCUCUUCCCUUUCUUCUCUUGCAAUCUGGGGAUGUCCUUUGCAAGAAGAAAGGUUGAAAAAUGGGGAAGAUUUGGACAAGAUUUCUCACGUCCCCAACAUCGAGAUUAAUGUCAGCAAGACCAUCUUCCCAGCUUGA